AUGUGGCUUGGGCGAAGGCUCUGGGUCACAUGGUCCUUAGAGCGGAGGGCAAUGCGUGAGGCUGGUUUCACAGAGCAGCGACUACCUCCCGCCCCUUGCGGUGGAAGGAUAACGGGUCGGUGCCUGCCGGAUCCACAAUGGCCCGCUAGACUCUGCCAAUCGGACCUUCUCUUUUUGGGCUCUGUUUUCUUAUUGUUCAAGCAAUUUCUGCAGAAUGGUUGUUGGAUGGUGGGGUUAAUGGCUCAUUUACUGCUUUGGCUCCCUGAACGUUUUGGGUACAAGCACCAUAUUUUGCUGCGUUUAUGUGCUGAGCUUCACAUUGAAAUUCCUAAAUUGAUCGAUACCAUGUCUAGAAGGCGCCCUUGCUGUAUCUGCUUCUGUAGCAUAUACUUUCUCCUCGUCUGCUUCACUUUGUCCUUCCUCAUAUUCUGGCUCAUCUUCCUCCCCCAAGAGCCUAAAAUCAAAGUCACAAAUGCCUCUCUCACACAGUUCAAUUUUAACAACACCAACAACACUCUCAGUUACCACCUUGCCAUCAACAUCACCAUCAGAAAUCCCAACAAACGGGUGGGCAUAUAUUACCGCCGCAUCCAAGUCAUUGGCAAGUACCGAAAGAAGAGAUUUGCUCUUGAAACUUUGACCUCCGCACCAUUUUACCAGGGUCACAAGAACACUACAGACUUGCAAAAUGUGCACAUUCAAGGGUCACAGUUGGUGGAGUUUGGGAAAGGCGAGAUUUCCCAGUUCAACAAGGAAGCCGUUGUUGGAGUUUACAGUAUCGAAGUGCAGCUUGCUUUUCGGAUAAAGGCCAGGUUCGGCAAGUUUACGUCAGAAAAUUACAAGCCUCAUCGCACGAUCAGUUGUAAACUUAAGGUGCCAUUGAGUGUCAAUGGAACGAGUUCAAUUGGCUUCGAGGUUACCAAGUGUGGUAACAUUUAUUUCUUUAACGAUCCUAAUGCUCAGGCUUAUUAG